GGCCCGCAGCCGGCAGCGCCUCUGGCGGCGGCGGCGGGCGGCGCCCGGCAGGUGUGUGCGUGAGCGCCGUGGCGAGUGAGCCGUGAUUCGCGCACACACCCGGACUACGUGCUACCUGCGUGCAGCCGCCGACCGCAGCCACAUCCGGCACGCUGCCCCGCUUCCGGACAGGAGCAAACACCGGCGCCUUUGCUGCGCACCAACAGUGGACGGCCGACCCGACUGAGCCUCCUAACCUCGCUAUGAAGAUGAGCAAGGUGGGCAACCAGACCAACUCCCAAGACCCGCAGGCGGUCAACUCGCGGGUCUUCGUGGGAAACCUCAACACCUUCCAGUGUUCCAAGACCGACGUCGAGAGGAUGUUCCAGCGCUAUGGCCGCAUUGCCGGCAUUUCAAUGCACAAGGGCUACGCGUUCGUGCAGUUCACGAACCCUUUCGACGCCCGCAGUGCCUGUCUGGGUGAGGAUGCUCGGACGGUCUUGGGCCAAGUGCUCGAUGUUAAUUUGGUCGCUGAGCCAAAGCCACACCAGACCGGUAGAAAGAGGCAAAAUGUUACCAAAACUGGCAACGACUGGGACUACUACUAUGACAGCUACUACGCGUCGGCAGCGUUCGCCGCCCCCCGGCUGGUGCCGCCCCUCAAGAGGCCGCGGCUGGUGGCGCCGCCCCCGAGGCCCACCGCCGCCGCCACCGCCGCCAAGAUGGCCGCAGCCGCCGCCGCCGCCGCCGCUGCCGCCUCCGCCGCCCACAACAGCUGUACCGCCUCGCAGGACAUCAAGACCUACAGUAAUCCAGACAUCUUGAUCUGCGGUAACUGCCGUGAGAUGUUCACCGACCUCCAUGAACUCCUGGAGCACAAGAAGACGUACUGCAAGCUGCGCUUCACCUGCAAGUGCCACAACGGUCUGAAAAUGAAGGAUACGGCGCUGCUGUGCUUCCAGUGCAAGGACUCGUUCCACGACGCGUGGGACCUGAUGGUGCACGUGCAGGCGGCCCACAUGCUCAACAUCUACCAGCUGGGGGUGGCCCGCGCGAACGGCAGCUUCAAGUCGGACGACGUAGAGGAGAGCAACGGAGACUCGGUGCCUGCCGGUGGAGCGCUGAGCCCGGUGCGGACGGAAGAGGCGGUCUCGGACGGCGUCGACUCCUGCGACGCCUGCAGCCCGGCCAGCGCGACCAAUGGCGAGGCUGGCCACGUCCAGCAGUGCCCUGCCGGCGUCCUGGCCGCGGGAGUGGCUGAUUCUCCUUAAGGAGAAGUUCUGCAGUACCAGAAACAACAUAUCACAGCAACAAAUGUGUCCAACUCUUCUUGUCAAUGUGUCUCUGGGUGCGAAAAGGGCAAGAGAAGGAACUUGAAAAGUGCCAUUAAAUAAGCUUAUGGUCACACAUAUCCCAACUUUUAAAUAAAAUUAUGAACAUAUAUUUUACAAUAGUAUUUUCAUAAUUUCAUUAAAUGACAAGGAAUUGCAGAAAAGAUAUAUUCCAUCAUAUUGCUUGACCAUCUAUUAGUUGUGUUUGCUAUAAGAAUUUCUUUAGCCUUCUAGUUCUCAGCAGAAAAAGAAAAUCCAGCUACUUUUCCUCUAGUUUAUCAGGUAGAUGGACUAAAGAUGUGUUGGAUGCCGAUUUUUCGAGAUUUAUGCCUGUUACCUGUGCUGUAGUUUCUAAAUCCAAUUUUUUUUAAAUUAUAUAUAUUGCUGUUACUCCCCAUAUAGAAAAGGGAUGUUGCAUAUAAUACCUUGUGUAAUUUAAAAUUUUAUAUCAAUCAUUACUCAUGGAAAUAUAUUACAUGAGAGAAACUGAUAGAGCUUAUUAGUUUUAUAAAAUUAAAAAUGAGAACUUUUGUUACAUGAAGCUCUCAGCAACAUUUUACUGCCACUUGCUAGCGUCAUAGACAGUUUUGUGUAAUUCAAGUUUAAAAGCUACACAUAUCACUUUUGCACGUUUUAGUGCAUUACCUUGUCCUUAAACCAUCCCAUGAAGUCUUGUUCAGUUAAUAGCAGUCCUCAUAAUGUAUUAAUAUGCAUUACUUAAAUUUGUUUGAAUUUGUAUGAUUAUGUAUGUGUUCCAUUAUUUCUUAAUUUUACUUUGUAGAAUGAGACUUGCACUUGUGAUGUAUAAAUUGCUUCAUUUUGUAUUACUCAAAGUACGUUAGGAAUUGUGAAAGAGUACAUUUUUCAUCACAUUUGACUUGCAGAAUCAGAAUCCCAGCAUUUUUAUUGAAACAUCUGAAAUUGUUUGGAAAUGUAAUUUUUCUAGCUGCAUAAAUACUAUAGGUCUAUACUACUCCAGGGCGGGUAUUUGCUAAAAUAUGUAUCUAAUUUUGUUUUGUAUAUUACAUCAUUGUUGUACUGAGAAGUGUAGCAAUUUUCUCAUAAUAAACCAUUUUUAAAGUUUACUGUAGUAACAUCUCGCGUCUGUUAGGAGGAUCAAAAAAGAUUUUCCCUCUUUCGGAUAACCUAACUUCAUAAUGUUGGUCC